GAUUAUUCCAAUUAAAAAAAAUAUACUUCUCUGGAAAAGAAAAAACUAGCUAUACAGAAAUUUUUACGACUGGGUUUUUUAUUCUGUAAAACCCUCUCCUCCAAUUUCUCUCUCUCUGUUCGUGGAAUUCGACUUCAAAGAAAUUUAGUUUGGAUUACAACCAUACUUCUACUGACUUCAGUUACAGUUAUAGAAUGGGUUCCUCAUCGACUGAAGCUUUUCCGGCAAUGCAGGAAACUAUAAUGGAGUUUCGUGCUGGUAAAAUGUUUUUGGAGGAUAAGAAGGUUGUCCCUGAUACUCGUAAAGGACUUAUUCGCAUAGCAAGGGGUGAGGAGGGGUUGGUCCAUUUUCAGUGGCUUGACCGGACUCGGAAUGUUGUUGAAGAUGAUCAGAUUAUAUUUCCAGAUGAGGCAGUUUUUGAGAAGGUUAAUCAGACAUCAGGAAGGGUUUAUAUCUUAAAGUUCAAUACAGAUGAUCGAAAAUUCUUCUUUUGGAUGCAGGAGCCCCAAGAAGCACUCGACUCGCACUUGUGUAGGUCUCUCAACUAUCAAAUCAACAAACAAUUAGAGUUUCUUGGUGAGGAAGAGCCGGACACUUCUGCUCAUCUACAAGUUUCUGAAGAUAUGGUUGAGGAUGAUAUCUCUUCAAGGGCAGGUAACUUGGUCUUACCAAACCUAGGUGCAGAAGUAAGUGAUGUGUCCUCUUCUUCAGGACCAGUGAAAUUGGAAGACCUAAAAAGAAUAUUAAGCAAUAUUGGGCAUGGAGGUGGUGCUGAAGAUCCUGAUGGAGGCUUGGGAUUAGGGGAUAUUUUGAAACCUGAUCUAAUAUUGCCAUUGAUCGACACAUUACCAUUGGAAGAAAGAUUAGCAUCAUUCUUGCCCGAGGGUCAGUGGACUCCAGAGGAUAUACUGGAGUUGCUGCAGAGCCCACCUUUCCGCCAGCAAGUGGAUUCUUUUACCUAUGUACUUCGAACCGGACAGGUUGAUUUGUCUCAGUUUGGUAUUGAUCCUAGUAAAUAUAAGUUCACAGUAUUGUCCUUUCUAGAGGCACUUGAAGAUUCAGUAUCCAAAGUUUCCGAAGACAAUAAGGAUUUAUCGUCGCAGUCUUGUGACCGAAAGGAGCCAAUGGAUGAGAGCCACUAGUCGGUGCAACCAUGUUUGUAAUAACAAGUCACAACUCAGAUGGAAGAAAUGUCAGCAGAUUGGAGAGAAGUUUGGUUGGAAGACUUAGGCUACGUACGUUUGGUUCAUGGAAUAGGCGCUGAAUUGAAUAGUUAUUCCAUAUAGAUUCUUUGAAAUAAAAUAUCAAAUAUUUGCGUGUUGUGUCAGUUUUAACUAAAUCUUUGAAUGCUAUUUUCUUUAUAGCCAAAGCUUUAAAUUCAAUGUGACGUCGCUUUGGUGAAUCA